AUGGAGGGGAGGAGCAAAGGGUCAAGAUUACCCGCCACUGACCACCCUCCGGGGAUGGGGGAAGGACCCGAGACGGGGAGGCAAGGCUUCCUGGUCCUGUUUUCCCGAAGCUCCCCUCGCAAUACACUAGAAAGCCCCGCCCCGUCGGCGACUCGGUGUUUGCACCUGCGAAAUGGGCGUAUGGGUGCAGCUGAGUGCGCCGCGGGGACCCGGUAUGAAGCCCACCUGUUCCAGCCCCCGUCACCUCUUCUCGCAGAGUAAAGGCCCCGGACCCUGGGCCCGCCUGUUAGGCCGCCCCCCGAGCCGAUGGAGGAGAACGAGGUGGAGAGCAGUAGCGACGCGGCCCCUGGUCCUGGCCGGCACGAGGAGCCCUCUGAGAGCGGCUUGGGCGUGGGCACCUCGGAAGCCGUGUCGGCCGACAGCAGCGACGCCGCGGCCGCUCCGGGGCCAGCCGAGGCCGACGACUCUGGCGUGGGGCAGAGUUCGGACCGCGGCACCAGCUCUCUGGAGGAGGUGUCCGAGAGCAGCUCCAGCACAGGCCCCCUGCCCCAUGGCUACCUCCCUGAUUCAUCUUCUGUUUCCCACGGGCCAGUGGCAGGGGUGACAGAUGGCCCCCCAGCCCUGGUGCACUCCAGCGCACUCCCAGACCCCAACAUGCUGGUGUCCGACUGCACGGCUUCUUCCUCAGACCUGGGCUCGGCCAUUGACAAGAUCAUCGAGUCCACCAUCGGGCCUGACCUCAUCCAGAGCUGCAUCACCGUGACCAGUGCUGAGGGGAGUGGGUCCGAGACCACACGGUACCUGAUCCUGCAGGGACCAGAUGAUGGGGCCCCCAUGGCAUCGCCAAUGUCCAGUUCCACCCUGGCCCACAGCCUGGCAGCCAUCGAGGCUCUAGCCGAUGGCCCCACGUCCACAUCCACGUGCCUGGAGCCACCUGAGGAGGUGCAGGGUGGGCCCAGCUCCCCAGCGCAGCCACGCCUGGGUUCUGGCGCCGAGGAGCCAGACCUGCAGAGCCUGGAGGCCAUGAUGGAGGUGGUGGUGGUGCAGCAGUUCAAGUGCAAGAUGUGCCAGUACCGGAGCAGCGCCAAGGCCACACUGUUGCGCCACAUGCGGGAGCGGCACUUCUGCCCAGCAGCCGCCGCCGCUGGAAAAAAGGGACGUCUGCGGAAAUGGGGCGCCUCCGCCAGGACCCAGGAGGAAGAGGGCCCAGAGGAGGAAGAUGAUGAUGACAUCAUAGACGCCGGUGCCAUCGAUGACCUGGAAGAGGACAGCGAUUAUAACCCUGCUGAGGAUGAGCCCCGGGGCCGGCAGCUACGGCCUCAGCGCCCCACUCCCAGUACACCGAGACCCCGCAGGAGACCUGGCCGGCCGCGGAAGCUGCCUCGCCUGGAGACCUCGGAUCUCUUGGAUGCAGGUGUGGAAGGAGAGCCUCUGGUCAGCUCCCAGACUGGACAGAGCCCUCCGGAGCCGCAAGACCCCGAGGCACCCAGCUCCUCAGGCCCAGGAUGCCUGGUGGCCCUGGGCAAGGCCAACCGGCCCCCUGUGGAACCCGGUGUGAGCCAGUCAGAUGUGGAGAACGCAGCACCGUCCUGCCAGGACGAGCCCGACGCCCCGCCCCGCCGCCGUGGGCGACCCUCCAGGCGCUUCCUCGGCAAGAAAUACCGCAAGUACUAUUACAAGUCACCCAAACCCCUCCUGCGGCCCUUCUUGUGCCGCAUCUGCGGUUCCCGCUUCCUGUCCCAUGAGGACCUGCGCUUCCACGUCAACUCCCACGAGGCUGGCAACCCGCAGCUCUUCAAGUGCCUGCAGUGCAGCUACCGCUCCCGCCGCUGGUCCUCGCUCAAGGAGCACAUGUUCAACCACGUGGGCAGUAAGCCCUACAAGUGUGACGAAUGCAGCUACACCAGUGUUUACCGGAAGGACGUCAUCCGGCAUGCGGCCGUGCAUAGCCGGGACCGGAAGAAGAGGCCAGAUCCGACCCCGAAGCUGAGCUCCUUCCCCUGCCCUGUGUGUGGCCGUGUCUACCCCAUGCAGAAGAGACUCACGCAGCACAUGAAGACGCACAGCACUGAGAAGCCCCACAUGUGUGACAAGUGUGGAAAGUCCUUUAAGAAGCGCUACACCUUCAAGAUGCACCUGCUCACGCACAUCCAGGCCGUCGCCAACCGCAGGUUCAAGUGCGAGUUCUGCGAGUUCGUUUGUGAGGACAAGAAGGCGCUGCUGAACCACCAGCUUUCCCAUGUCAGCGACAAGCCCUUCAAGUGCAGCUUUUGCCCCUACCGCACCUUCCGAGAGGACUUCCUGCUGUCCCACGUGGCUGUCAAGCACACAGGGGCCAAGCCCUUUGCCUGUGAGUACUGCCACUUCAGCACGCGACACAAGAAGAACCUCCGCCUGCACGUACGGUGCCGACAUGCAAGCAGCUUUGAGGAGUGGGGGCGGCGCCACCCCGAGGAGCCCCCUUCCCGCCGUCGCCCCUUCUUCUCUCUGCAGCAGAUUGAGGAGCUGAAGCAGCAGCAUAGCGCAGCGCCUGGACCUCCUUCCAGCUCCCCAGGACCUCCUGAGAUCCCCCCAGAGGCAGCACCUCUCCAGUCACCCGAGACCCCCCCACUGCUCUGUUCUGACACCCUGGGUGGUGCCACCAUCAUCUACCAGCAAGGAGCUGAGGAGUCGACGGCCAUGGCCACGCAGACCGCCUUGGACCUGCUGCUGAACAUGAGCACGCAGCGGGAGCUGGGCAGCGCGGCCCUGCAGGUGGCCGUGGUGAAGGCAGAGGACGUGGAGGCAGGGUUUGCACCCUCCGGUGGGCAGCCCUCCCCAGCAGGUGCCACUCCCCAAGUGGUAGCCCUCCACAUGGCAGAGCCAGGGGGCAGCGUGGCCGCCGAGAGCCAGCUAGGCGCCCCAGACCUACAGCAGAUCACCCUGGCGCCUGGGCCGUUUGGCGGGGCAGGCUACAGCGUCAUCACGGCACCCACCAUGGAGGAGGGCACAUCGGCUCCUGGCACACCUUACAGCGAGGAGCCCCCCGGGGAGGCAGCCCAGGCCGUGGUUGUGAGUGACACCUUGAAAGAAGCUGGCACCCACUUCAUCAUGGCCGCUGACGGGACCCAGCUGCACCACAUCGAGCUGACUGCAGAUGGCUCCAUCUCCUUCCCAAGUCCAGAUGCCCUGGCCUCUGGAGCCAAGUGGCCCUUGCUGCAGUGUGGGGGGCUGCCCAGAGACGGCCCUGAGCCCCCGUCUCCAGCCAGGACCCGCCGAGUGGGGGACCCCCAGGGCUCUGCCUCCCCACCUCCUGCUGCCAGCAAAGCCCUGGGCCUGGUAGUGCCCCCCUCGCCACCAUCUGCAGCCACUGCGUCAUCAAAGAAGUUUUCCUGCAAGAUCUGCGCCGAGGCCUUCCCCGGCCGAGCUGAGAUGGAAAGUCACAAACGGGCCCACGCUGGGCCUAGUGCCUUCAAGUGCCCCGACUGCCCCUUCGGUGCUCGCCAGUGGCCCGAGGUCCGGGCCCACAUGGCGCAGCACUCAAGCCUGCGGCCCCACCAGUGCAACCAGUGCAGCUUCGCUUCCAAGAACAAGAAGGAUCUGCGGCGCCACAUGCUGACCCACACCAACGAGAAGCCCUUCGAGUGCCACCUCUGCGGGCAGCGCUUCAACCGGAACGGGCACCUCAAGUUCCACAUCCAGCGGCUGCACAGUCCCGAUGGGAGGAAGCCGGCGACCCCAAGCGCGCGGGCCCCGGCCCAGACCCCCAAGACCCCCACCCAGACCAUCAUCCUGAACAGUGACGAUGAGACGCUGGCCACGCUGCACACUGCACUCCAGUCCAGUCACGGGGUCCUGGGCCCAGAGCGGCUGCAGCAGGCACUGGGCCAGGAGCACAUCAUUGUGGCCCAGGAGCAGACAGUGACCAAUCAGGAGGAAGCCACCUACAUCCAAGAGAUCACUACAGCAGAUGGCCAGAUGGUCCAGCACCUGGUGACAUCUGAUAACCAGGUACAGUACAUCAUCUCCCAGGACGGAGUCCAGCACCUGCUCCCCCAGGAAUACGUCGUGGUCCCAGAGGGCCAUCACAUCCAGGUACAGGAGGGCCAGAUCACACAUAUCCAGUAUGAACAAGGGGCGCCGUUCCUUCAGGAGUCCCAGAUCCAGUAUGUGCCGGUGUCCCCAGGCCAGCAGCUGGUCACACAGGCCCAGCUUGAGGCUGCAGCACACUCAGCUGUCACAGCGGUGGCCGAUGCUGCCAUGGCCCAAGCCCAAGGCCUAUUCGGCACGGAGGAGUCAGUGCCUGAACACAUCCAACAGCUGCAACAUCAGGGCAUCGAGUACGACGUCAUCACCCUGACUGAUGACUGAGCCCC